ACCAGCGACAAGUCGUGAUCCCGGAUUGACAGGUGUUUCGUUGUGGAAGCCGGCAAGGCGGCGUUAUGGCGAUUGAAUUUUCUUUGGAGAGCGUUGUCUUUAUCGGCAUUUCGGCGUUAGUGUCACUAAUUGGAUGGAUCAAUUAUCGGGGUUUAGAAUAUGUCAUAAAAAAUUACCGAUGGGUAUUCGUCUGUCUGUUUCUGUUGCCAAUGUCAGUUGUCUACGAUUUCUUCAUGUAUUUUCGAAAUUGGAUCGUCUUCAAGAUGAAUUCAGCCCCAAAACAGCACGACAAGAAAGUGAAAGAUGUUCAGAGACAGGUUAAGAAAUGGGAUAGUGAUGGCUGCUUAAGGCAAAUGUGUACUGCUCGUCCAGGAUGGAUGACAAUCAGCUUUCGACAAGGUCUCUACAAACAAAGUAGUCGUAAGAUAAAAGUUAAUUUAGUGGAUAUCCUGGAAAUUGAUUCUGUAAAUCAGACGGUCCGAGUCGAACCAUUGGUCAGUAUGGGUCAGAUAUCAGCUUUCCUGAACCCUCUUGGAUGGACCUUACCUGUCUUACCGGAAUUGGAUGAUCUCACCGUGGGUGGUUUGAUUAUGGGAGUAGGCAUAGAGACAUCAUCACACAAACAUGGUCUGUUCCAGCACUGUUGUGUAGGCUAUGAGCUGGUCAUGGCAGAUGGCAGUGUAGUCAAGUGCUCAGAGACUCACAACAGAGAGCUAUUUUACUCUGUUCCCUGGUCCUAUGGUACACUCGGAUUCCUGGUUUCUGCAGAGCUGAAAAUAAUUCCAGCAAAAAGGUUUAUAAGGAUGGAGUACACCCCUGUUUACACAACUGAUGACAUGAUCAAAACAUUUGAAAAGGAAACUAUGAAAAAACAAAAUAACCAGUUUGUGGAAGGGCUGGUAUACUCUAAAGACACUGCUGUUAUUAUGACUGGAAACCUCACGGAUGAAGCUGAUAUUGAUAAGAUUAACCCUAUUGGGUAUUUCUGGAAGCCAUGGUUCUUCAAGCAUGUGGAAGACUUUUUGCAAAAAGGAUCAGAUGUAGAAUACAUUCCAAUCAGGCACUACUAUCAUCGGCACACACGGAGCAUCUUCUGGGAACUACAAGAUAUCAUUCCAUUUGGGAACAAUCCUGUGUUUCGGUAUCUUUUCGGCUGGAGUGUACCACCAAAGAUUUCUCUGCUGAAACUGACUCAAGGGGAGACAACCAAACGAAUGUACGAAAAGUACCAGAUUAUUCAAGACAUGUUGGUCCCUAUGGCGUCACUCAAGGAGGCUCUUGGGGUCUUCCAUGAAGAAAUCAAGAUGUACCCUCUGUGGCUGUGUCCCUUCAAACUGUACAACAACCCUGGUAUGGUUCAUCCUAAAGGUGAUCAGGAUGAGAUGUAUGUGGAUAUAGGAGCUUACGGUUCUCCCAAGGCAAUCAACUUCGAUGCUGUACCCACCACACGACGACUGGAAGCUUAUGUUACAAAAGUCAAUGGGUUCCAGAUGCUGUAUGCGGACACUUACAUGACAAGACAGGAGUUUCGCAAGAUGUUUGAUCACAGCCUGUAUGAUCAAAUGAGGAGGAAACUUGAUAACUGUGAGAGAGCCUUCCCAGAAGUUUACGACAAGAUCAACCGUAAAGUUAGGACAUAGUCAUCCUUACUUUGAAAAGCAAGUACUAAUGGAACACAGUGGUAGGUCAGAGGUUUCAAUUCUUUGUUUCUGACAAUUUUAGAUCAGCCAUGUUUUUUCACUAGCUUUACAAAUUAGGAAGGACUACAAUACACGUACAAUUUUUUAGAUUAAAAUUAAUAAUUUGUUUUGUUUCUGACAAGAAUGUCCUUAUUGCUGAUGCAAAUUACAUGGCCAAAAUUUUAGGAAACGACUAAGCUCAGAUGUAAACAAAGUUUUGGACCCUACAUUAAGUUAAACUUUUACUUGAACUAAACGUUUGUUCUUGGAAUAGAAAAUCUUGAAAAAUCAGGAAAUGAGAUUUUUUAAACAUCUGUUAAACAUAAACUUUUUAAUGAAUUCAUUAACAAGUUUCAAUUUGUUAAAAUAGCUGAUUUUAUGGAAUUCAAAUCAAAAUUUGUUAUCUUUCUAUUUUAAUGAAGUUGAAUCAAAAUACAAAUCUAAUUUUCUUUCUGCUACAUUCCAUUUGAUGUGUGAAUUGAGAAUAAUUAGUAAAGUUGUUAUUGUUAUCAAAACUUUUUCCCUCCUAUUCCCUUACAUAACUUAUUUUUAAAUAGUUUAGUUUAUUUUAGUGUAUUUAUUGUAUGAGAGAUCAGUGUAUGUAUUAU